CAGGAGUCUGAGGCACUGCCAGCGUGCAUCGCCUUGUCAGUGUGCACAAGAUGGAGCUUGUGUACUUCAGCAGUUGACUGCCACUGGAGACCACACUCCCUGUGCAGGACAGAAAGGACAUGAGUGAGAACAAUCAACACCAGAACUUCAGGAUGACAAUAUCGGAGAUUUAGAUUCAAAAGCCAAACUUUCAUGUGCUGUUGUUUAAACCAGAUCUCUGCCUUUACACGCAACACGUUUGCUACUCGGCACUAACACUUUUUUUUUCUUGUCUUCUACAAGGAACAACCUGUAAAAACUCAAAGAUGGACACCUCUUCUAUGAACACAUCAUCCUUUCUGAGUCUGCAAGGCCUUGGCCUACCUCCUCAAGGGAUGUAUGCUGCGUUUCUUUUUGCCACGCUGAGUUACCUUGUAAUUCUGUUCUGUAACCUUUUCCUGAUGGCCACCAUUAUUGUGAAUAAGAGCCUCCACCAGCCCAUGUACUUCUUGCUCUUUAACCUGCCCAUCAAUGACCUCAUUGGCUCCUCAGCCCUCUUCCUGCAGCUCAUCAAAGAGAUCCUGCUGGACUCCAGGUACAUCGAGGCCUCCAACUGCAUCGCUCAGGCGUUUUUCAUCCACGUUUACGGGGUUGGCAGCGUGCUAAUCCUCUCUGCCAUGGCUUACGACAGGUACAUCGCCAUAUGCAACCCACUGAAGUACAGCACCAUAAUGACCAACAGCCACAUCGCGAAGAUUAUCACGUUAGUGUGGCUCGUGGACCUGCUCUUGAUUGGCGUGCUGUUCUUCUUACUACUACGGCUGCCUCGGUGCAGAUCUUUAAUAUCGCAAACUUACUGUGACAAUCCCUCUCUGGUUGCACUAGUCUGUGCAGACACCACCAUCAACAACAUUUACGAACUGUUCAUCACUGCCAGCAUACAAGUGUUCGCCGUGGGUAUGAUUCUCUACACCUACCUGCAGAUUUUGCUUGCAUGCUUUAAAAGCAAACGCUCUGACACAAAGAGCAAAGCUUUGCAGACCUGUGCAACUCAUUUAACCGUCUUUCUGAUUUUGGAGUGUUUAGGACUUUUCACAAUUAUCUCAUAUCGCAUAAAGCAGCUCUCUCCUCAUUUAAGGAGGAUGAUCGGAGUUUCCACCUUGAUAUUUCCCCCUACUCUCAACCCAAUAAUAUACGGCCUUAAAACAAAGGACAUCCGACAGAGGAUUAACAUGGCAAUCCGCAAAACAGUGAAUCCUUAAUUUUUCUUUUGAAAAAUAUUUUUGUAGUAACACUGCUUACUAAGUCUGAGAAAUACUAGAAAUUUAGGAUUUAUUUAUUUACUUAUUUAUUUAUUUUUUUUAGAACGGAUCAACAGGAGUCUUUCAACCCUAUCAGCAUAC